UGUGCGCCGGCCGGGGAGCGGCGGGACGCGGGCCAGGCCGCCUCCCGCUCGCCGCCGUUGAGCUCCGAGCCCGAGGCCGAAGAGGGCUGCCGGCGGGGCACGGCCGGGGCCCCCCUCCCGGCGGCGGCGCCCCGGGCCGGCUCCAUUUUGUGCGGGGAGCCGGCCGGCUGGCGGGGGGCGCGCGGCCCGGGGGUCCCCGACCCUGCCCCCUCGGCCUCUGCAGCCGCGCGGGCCCCCGCGGGGCGCCCCCCAGCCUCCCGCUCGUCGGUCCGCGGGGGCCUGGCCGGGCCCGGCCGCUUUGUCUGCCCGCACACUCCGGCGCCGCGCGGCGGGCGGGAGACGGGCGUUGGGCGCGGGGGCCGGGCUGGCCGGGCCAUCGGGGGGUCGGCGCCGCACGUGCGGGGCUGACAGGUCGCGGGCUCGGCGGUGGGGCCCCGGGCCACCCCGCGCACCUGCGUGGGGGAGGCGGCGAGGUCCCCGGGAGGCAGGAAUGGCUUUGGCGUCCCCGCAGUCUGGUUUGCGCGUAAAGAAUGCAGCCAUCUGGCGGCUUGUGGUCCCUGGACUUGCCCCGAAGGUGGGAAGGAAGCCGUUCGGAUUGGACUGAGGUUUCAGUCCUCGCUGGUGGGAGGCGGGAGGCUGUGCAGGGGCUCACGGAGCGGUAGUCUCCGAGAACAAAGAAUUCCAGAGCACCCACAAAUCGUAAUCUCGCCCGAAGUACUAGAACAAGAUGCUAGAAACACGGGUUGGAAUUGGGCAGAGAUUAGACACCUUUUUAGAAAGGUGUUCUUGAGCACCACUGGCACCACGGUUCUGACAGUAUUUCAUGACAAAAUCUUUUUUUCCUCCUAGAUGGACGGUGACAGUUCGACCACAGAUGCUUCUCAACUGGGAAUUUCUGCAGACUACAUUGGCGGGAGCCACUACGUGAUACAGCCUCACGAUGAUACUGAGGACAGCAUGAAUGAUCAUGAAGACACAAAUGGUUCAAAAGAAAGUUUCCGAGAACAAGAUAUAUAUCUUCCAAUUGCAAAUGUGGCUAGGAUAAUGAAGAAUGCCAUACCUCAAACAGGAAAGAUUGCAAAAGAUGCCAAAGAAUGUGUUCAAGAAUGUGUGAGUGAGUUCAUUAGCUUUAUAACAUCUGAAGCAAGUGAAAGGUGCCAUCAAGAAAAACGGAAGACAAUCAAUGGAGAAGACAUUCUCUUUGCCAUGUCCACCUUGGGCUUUGACAGUUAUGUGGAACCUCUGAAAUUGUACCUUCAGAAAUUCAGAGAGGCUAUGAAAGGAGAGAAAGGAAUUGGUGGAGCAGUCACAGCUACAGAUGGACUAAGUGAAGAGCUUACAGAGGAGGCAUUCACUAACCAAUUACCAGCUGGCUUAAUAACUGCAGAUGGUCAACAACAAAAUGUUAUGGUUUAUACAACAUCAUAUCAACAGAUUUCUGGUGUUCAACAAAUUCAGUUUUCAUGAUCUGAAGAAAUUAUGGGAUGGAAGUGUAGAGAAGCAAGAGUCUGUGAUUCUGGAACAGAGACAUCAGAAGAAAAUGACUGGUGAAAAAAUGUCUCUUUGUACAUUAAAUAGCUGUAAUGUAGCUUCCUGAUGCUUGACUAAUUGAGGUGUUAAUUCUGACUUGAGAAUCUUUUUCAUGAAUGAUUUUAAAGAAAAAUUUGGAUUUUAAAGGUAUUAAAAUAUUUUUGUUUUGUACGAGAGUUUGUUGCUCUGUAUGACUCCUGUAUGCAUUGUAUAUUGCAAUUUAUUACUGUCAGAGAUUUGUAGACAGUUUCUUAUUUUCAUAUUGAAUCAUGUUACUUUUGUAAUUCAAAUAAGCAGCUGGGUUAAUUCAUGAUGUUUGCCCUUUUAAUAAAAUAUAAGGGUAGAGUUCAUUUGAAUGCAAGUUGCCUUUAUUAUAAAUUUGAGUUUGUCUUGGCUAUAUAUACUAUCUUGCAUGGUAACCUAGCUAGAUUUUUACAUUUGCCAUAUUUUAUUAAAAUUGAUUUUUUUGGUAAAACAUUCAAAGCAGCACCAUUUUAAAAAAUAUAACUGAGUAAUUGUGAAUGCAGAAGAAAUUAUUGUCUGCCCUGUUAAACUUGGUGCCCAUUAACAGUGUUUACACUGUUCAUUGUGCCUGUUAAUGUAGUUUUACUUACUAGAGCUUUCAUUAAGACUAGAUUUAUUUUUGAGUUACAUUAUUAUGAGUGUUAGAAUUCAUUUAAGUUUAACAUAGUUCUAGAGCCCUUAAAAUGGUGCCCCUUUUAUUUGAUAUGAUUUUUUUCAAAGCAUAUCUUCAAGUAUUAUAGUGUCCUCUUCCAGAAGGGGAAUUUUAUAGUCUGAUGGUAAAUGUCCUCAUCUUACCUUUUUUUAUUGAAAUGUCAAGUUUCCUAUUACACUAUAGGAACCAAGAAAUAUUGGCUGUCAUUAUGUGUACAGACCUUUUGCACGGUGAGUGAAUGAGAAUGAGAACAGAGUGAGUGCUAUGAGCAGUGUGAAAUAGAAGCCAUGACUUCUAGUGUGCUGUCUUGAUCUUUGCAAUAAACUAAACUUAGAUAAUGUAACUUUGUAUAAUUUAGUAGUAUGUACUUGAGUUGUUCCUUUUUUAAAGUAAGGAUUUGUAUUUUCUCAUUUAUUCUUUUUGGUGAUAAUUAACUUGAAGUAGAUUUUUUUUAUUUUAAUAUCACAAAUUGCUGUUGUAUAUUUUGCCUAAAAGGCAGUCUGAGUGAAUGCCGUCUGUGAUGAAGGACAUUCAGAUGUAUAAGGCAGAGGCAGUCUCCCACUGACUGCCAGGAGCCUGUAAGGGCACAUUUUGGCUACUCUAGGUAAUAAUUCCCUUCCUCCUACCCCCUUGUUUAAAAAUAAUCUUCAUGAUAGAAACUUCAAAUAGGAAAAAAAGGGAUGGUAGUUACGCAGAAUCAACUAGCCUCCUACUAUGUUGAAAUAACCAAUGUUAAUAUUUUGAUAAAUAUCAUUUGUCCUUUUACUUUGCAAAAUAUGUAUAUUUUUAUAAAAAUGGGUUCAUUGUGCAUACUGUUUUGUAACCUGCUUUUUUCACUUAACAAUAUAUUGUGAAUGUCUUUGCCAGGUUA